AUGACAGUUCAUAACCCAAAUCCUGUGCAAAAUAUCUACAAUGCUCCUACACAGCCCGCAUACGCAAUUCAGAGUGGCCAUCGCACGAUUCCGUUGGGUCAGGGACAAGGAUUAGUCCCUGGAUCUGCAGGUAUGGGAGGUACGGGAGCAUCACCAUUGGGAGGUGCGCAGAAUGUUAAUGCUAGUGGAGGAGUUGUAGCGAGUUCGGGUGGUAGGAGGGGACAUGGUGGCAGUGCGCGGGUGAUGGGACAGAAUGCUAGGGGGGUUAGUCCGGGUCGAAACCAGAGUCAUGGAGCGGGAAGUGGGAAUGAGAAUGGGAAUGCUGGUGGGGCUUCUCAGCAUGUGAGUGCAUCGGGAAUGCAGGCUCAGGCUCAAUUUCAACAUCGACAUAAUCCGGUCAACCAUAUGACUGCUCAGGCUCAAGUUCAGCAUCAACAAAAUACAGCCAAUUAUGUUCAUCCUCAAGCUCACAAUCCACAACCCCAUAACCCAAUGAACCACAUCCAACCUCUUUUCGGAGGUUCCUUCGGUCCACACGCUCCCCACAUUCCUCGCAGAGGAGGCCUAUUAUCUCAACUCUCUCCCUACGUUCCUCGCACAGGAAAUACACGUUUUUCUCCCAGAAACCUUCGGGGAAAUAGAUCAGCUAACAGACCGCCAAUGCAACUAACAGGCCUACCGGUAUCAUUUGGAUAUCCUGAGAUUGGAAAUGUGAAUGCAGGAGGAAUAGGAAUGGGAAUGGGAUUCGGAGAUGGAGGUAUGGUUGUGAAUGGAUGGGAUAGUAGAUGGGAUGGAAGUGGUUCCUUUAGGGGAAGUGCAGCUUGUCCAAGAGGUGGUCGAGGUAGAAGAAGAAGAUAG